CAAAAAAGAAAAUUGAUAGAUCUUCUUCUCCUUCUGGUUCAGUCUGCCCUCAAGAAGACUACUACUUGAUUGCUUGUAUUAACUGCAAUCAAACAUUCAUCUAUACAUUAACAAAUGAAGAUAAUAAUACUAAUCAUUGUUUUGGGCAAGUCUUUGCUCAUAAAGACAGUAAAUCUUUUGCCUGUAAUUUGAAUUGUUCAUUCAAAAAACCAACUGAUUUUUGUCCCUAUUCAACUCCAAAACUCACCAUUAAUACAUCUAUGGAAAUGAUGGAUACAAAAUCCAUCUCUUCUGAAAAUACAAUCUCUUCCCAAGCAAUCUCACCAACUUCCACAACUCAAAAUUCCUUCCAUAACAUUACACUUAAUGUUACACAUGCUGCACCAAAUGUUACACUUAAUUUAGAUGCAAACACAGAUGAUCUAACCACCAAUGCUAACACCAACACUAAUGAACAAGAUUCAUCUGAUAUAGAUAUU